GGAAGAGCAUGGAAAAGAGAUCGUCGGAAAAUACAGUUACUCGAGGGAUAUUGAUCCGCUGUCGCUCCAUAGAUCUGAUCACCCGGGGAUGAUGCUUGUUACCACUCAACUCAAUGGAUCUAAUUAUCUGCACUGGAGUCGAGCGGUGAAGCUAGCCCUAAGAGCAAAGUCUAAACUCGGUUUCAUCUAUGGAACCAUCGAGGAGCCUGAGCCAAACACCGAGGAGUAUGAGCUUUUUCAGAAAGUGGAAUCUAUGGUAAUUUCCUGGCUUCUUAAUUCAAUUUCGAGAGAUAUAGUCGAAGCUUUUAUUUACGUAAAGAGCUCGAAAGAAUUAUGGGACGAACUUGCAGAGAGGUAUGGUGAGAGUAAUGGUCCUUUAAAAUAUCAACUCCGAAAAGAAAUAGCCACUUUUGCACAGGGAACAGCUUCAGUGACUGUGUAUUACACAAAGUUGAAAUGUUUGUGGGACGAGUAUGCAUCUUUGGUGUCUCUACCUGAGUGUACUUGUGGUUUGGGGAAGAAAAUGAGUGAAAAUGAUAUGGAGAUCAAAUUAAUGCAAUUCCUUAUGGGGCUAAAUGAGGUUUUUGAACCGGUGAAAAACCAAAUACUCCUUAUGGAUCCACUACCUACAGUUAAUAAAGCUUACUCUAUGAUUUUGAAAGUUGAGAAGCAAAGACCUGUGAGCAUAUCUGAUCCUCUUGAGAGUUCAGCCGUGAUGGUUAAUAGAAAUUAUACAAGAGGAGGCAUGAGAACCUCAGGAUAUGGCAGAGGAAAUGAGAACAAAGGGUUUUCUGGCCAAGGAUACAAUAGUGCAGGGAGAGGAAGAGGUAAUCAGAGGUUGACCAAAGAAGAAAGAGCUAAAUUAUAUUGCACACAUUGUGGAUAUAAUGGACAUGAUAAGCAGGGCUGCUUCAAGUUGAAUGACUAUCCCGAGUGGUACAAAGAACUGAAGGGACAAAGAACAAGUCAUAAUGCAAAUAUGGCAGACAGUGAGGAUUUGGCUAGAAGUGGUGAUUUUGAUGAAAAAUCUCAACACAGUGAUUCCAUGUCAGAGAUCAGUUCAAUUGUGCAAAAGGAAAUUGAUAAAUACAUGACAAGAAAGCAAGGUAAUGAGAAUCAUUCUUUCUCACACUUUGUGGAAUUUACAGAAAAUUCAGAAAAUUAUGCCUUCAGCUCAUUGAGUUCUCUUGAGAAGGGCAGUUGGAUCAUAGAUACAGGGGCAAGUAGACACAUAUGCUCAGAUGUUGAUCUGGUUUUAGAUUCCUUUGACACACCAGCUCCGGUCACUGUUAACCUACCUGAUGGCUCCAAAAUUAAGGUGAACAAAAUAGGCAAGGUGAGGAUAAAUGAUGACAUUGUGCUGAAGAAU